GGCAAAACCUCGUGAUAACCCAGGCACAGUGAUGCGAAAGUGGCGACGUGAGGUGAGCCCGAAGGAAAUGACUGGACCCAAAACAAAGCACGAGCGAGGGAUAAAGUAUUACAAAUAAUCACGUCUGAAUGAUGAUGUUUUAACUGUGUGCUCGUGAGAAAACAUGCCCGCUUUGUCCAUUACGCAGUCCAUCAGCUGGCGCGGCUCACGGCUCUGCUCCUCUCCUCUGGAUUGUGGAUUGUGACAAGUGCCGGGACAGCGACCAAACAGGACCGGGACUACAACAGGACCUGGACUGUCACUCCGUCCGCUGCCUUUGAACGGGGAGGUUCCUCCAGUUUUCGCCUGACAGCACACCUCCCGGAGCCAAGACGUUGUUCCGCGUAGAGCCGGGUUGCCUCAGUCCGAGCAGCGCAGUCCGUGUGGGAAGGUCGGCACUCGGCGCCCUGCAGGCCGGAGACAUGAUGGUCCACUGUGCCGGGUGCGAACGGCCCAUCCUGGACCGGUUCCUCCUCAACGUGCUGGACAGAGCCUGGCACGCCAAGUGCGUCCAGUGCUGUGAGUGCAACUGCAACCUCACCGAGAAGUGCUUCUCCAGGGACGGAAAGCUCUAUUGCAAAAUGGACUUUUUCAGGCGGUUUGGCACUAAGUGCGCGGGCUGUCUGCAGGGAAUCUCGCCAAACGACUUGGUGCGCAAGGCGCGCAGCAAGGUGUUUCACCUGAACUGCUUCACCUGCAUGGUGUGUAACAAGCAGCUGUCCACGGGAGAGGAGCUCUACGUGAUAGACGAGAACAAGUUUGUGUGCAAAGAAGAUUAUUUGAGCUCCGGGGCCAUUAAGGAAGUCAACUUGAACUCAGUGUCGUCGUGUACUGACAGGAGUUUAUCGCCGGAUCUGCAGGACCCAAUACAGGACGACAUAAAAGAGACGGACAAUUCAACGUCCUCAGAUAAGGAAACGAACAAUAUUGAGAACGAGGAGCAGAACUCCGGGGCCAAAAGGCGGGGGCCCCGGACCACCAUCAAGGCCAAGCAGCUGGAAACGUUAAAGGCCGCGUUUGUCGCCACGCCGAAACCGACCCGGCACAUCCGAGAACAGCUGGCCCAGGAAACGGGACUAAACAUGCGGGUGAUCCAGGUCUGGUUCCAGAACAGAAGAUCCAAAGAGCGACGAAUGAAGCAGCUGAGCGCUCUGGGCGCCCGGCGGCACGCCUUCUUCAGGGGCCCGAGGAGGAUGAGGCCCCUGGGAGGCCGGCUGGAGGAUGCGGACAUUUUGGGACCUGGGGCUUAUGGUUACUAUGGAGAAUACCAAGGUGACUAUUACGGACCAGGAAGCAACUACGACUUCUUCCCCCACGGCCCUCCGUCCUCACAGGCUCAGUCUCCAGCCGAGUCCCCCUACAUCCUGGGCUCCGGCCCCGGAGCCAUGGAGGGAUCGGGCCACCACCCUUCAGACGACCAAAGGUUCACGGACAUGAUCUCCCACGCGGAAACCCCCAGUCCGGAGCCGGGCUUACCGAGCUCCCUGCAGCCUGUCCCGGGGGAGGCGUACGGUGGCGGACCCAGUCCUCCUUUCUCCUUGGCCAGUAACUCCAGCUACAGCGCUCCCAUGUCCCACCAAGGCCAGGAGAUGGGAGAAACCACAGCCUGGUAAAGGAUGAACCGCAGGGACUAUUCCUGGGCUGAAUGUUCAGCCUCGUUAAUU